CACGCACGCCUAUAUUCCCUGUCGGUCAUCACCAUAAACCUCCGAGUUAAAAACAAGUGUUCCUCUUUCCUUCCAUUCCCAUUUCUCCCCAAAAAAGAUCGAAACUUCCUCCAGAAAACUCUGAAAUAAAAAAUCAGAGUGAAAGAAAGCUACUGUAAUUCAAUAAUGGUUGAUGUAGCAGAUAAAUUAGCGUAUUUUCAAGCAAUUACAGGCCUUGAAGAUCCCGAUUUAUGCACCCAGAUCCUCCAAGCCCAUAAUUGGGACCUCGAACUCGCCAUCUCCUCUUUCACCUCUAAUCACAAUAAUGACCCCCUUUCUUACUCCUCAUCCACCGCCACCGCCACCACAUCCACCGUCGUCGAACCACCCAUUUCAUCCAUUCAUCGUUCCGAUUCCACCGCCAUCGCUCCCGUGGCUCCUCCUCCUCCUGGUUUGGGCUGGAAAAUAAUUACUUUACCAAUCUCAAUCGUUUCUGGUAGUUUACGGUUAAUUUCUGGUGCUGUUGGGUUUGGAUUUUGGGCUGCUGGUAGUAUCUUCUCUUAUUCAUUAGGUUUUAUUGGGUUUAGCUCGAAUUCGGGCCGGGGUGGGGAUUCUUCGGCCCAAUUGGUAACUGUUUCCGCCGCGUCGAGAGAAGCCUUGGAGUUUAUUGCUCAAUUUGAGAGGGAUUAUGGUGGUUCUGGUUCUUCUAGUAGGCCGAAUUUUGUUGGUGAAGGAUUUAUGGAUGCGUUGACGAGGUCGAGGAAUAGUUUUAAGUUGUUGUUUGUGUAUUUGCAUUCCCCGGAUCAUCCUGAUACGCCGGCGUUUUGUGAGGGGACGUUGUGUUCGGAGGUUUUUAGCGCGUUUGUUAAUGAGAAUUUUGUUGCGUGGGGUGGGAGUCUUAGAGGGAGUGAGGGGUUUAAGAUGAGUAAUAGUUUGAAGGCUUCAAGGUUUCCGUUUUGUGCUGUUGUUAUGCCUGCUACAAAUCAGAGGAUUGCGUUGCUUCAACAGGUUGAGGGUCCAAAAUCUCCUGAAGAAAUGCUCAUGACACUACAGAGAGUUCUUGAAGAAAGUGCCCCGGUUCUUGUUGCAGCAAGACUUGAAGCGGAGGAGAGAACAACAAACAUGCGUUUGAGGGAGGAGCAAGAUGCUGCAUACAGAGCAGCACUUGAAGCCGAUCAAGCUAGGGAACGACAACUGAGAGAAGAACAAGAACGUCUGGAAAGGGAGGCUGCUGAGGCAGAGAGAAAGCGCAAGGAGGAAGAAGAGGCUCAGGAGAGAGCAACACGUGAGGCUGCAGAAAAAGAGGCGGCUCUGGCAAGAAUGCGGCAGGAGAAAGCCUUGUCGCUUGGUGCUGAACCUGAAAAGGGACCUAAUGUUACACAAGUUUUGGUUCGAUUUCCAACGGGAGAACGCAAAGAGAGGAGAUUCCACAGUACAGCCACUAUCCAGUCCCUGUAUGAUUAUGUUGAUUCUUUGGGUUGCUUAGAUGUUGAGAAUUACAGUCUUGUCUCAAACUUUCCCCGAGUUGUCUAUGGUACAGAUAAGGUCUCUCUAUCUUUAAAAGAAGCAGGUUUGCACCCUCAAGCCAGCCUUUUUGUGGAGCUGAACUAGAGCAAUGUAAUGCCAAGUCGAGCUAUCAAGAGCAGUCAGAAGCAGGACCAUCAAGUAGGAUACUUUGUUGUAUUUCUCUUUCCAAAUUCAACUUGAUUGGCAAUGAUAGUCGGAGAAGAUAGCUACUUUGGUCUCUUUGUGAUGUUCCAUUUUCUUUCAAUUGCAAAUGUCAAUCAAACAAAUGGAGUCAAGGUGGAAAGUAGGGUUGAAAUAAUGAUAUUGAUCUUGCACA